AUGACCGUUUCUCCACGGCCCUCCAGAGACGAAUCCUUCAUAUUGGAGAAAGAUUCAUCACUGCGAAAAUUAUUUGAUGGUUUAGCAGAUCUCCACGACCAGUUUGAAGAACUUCAAAAGGAAUCUUUCUAUGGGAUCCCCGAAGAUCAAGGUCGGCGUGAAAGUACCUUUCUAUCUGAUGAUGACGGGCUAGAUGCAUUACGACGUGAAUUGGAGGGUAUUUGCCUACCGGAAUACCAAGAAUGGCAACAAGAAGAGCGAUCAGUGGAAUCGAUGCCAUCCAAACGGCCUCGCUCUUCCAUAUCUUUACCGAUUGUGUCCAAGAUGGCAGACCACGAGAAAAUCAACGACGUAAUUGCCGCCCGAGAAAAAACAAACGGCAUCCGUCUUGCGGAAUCCUCUGCUGCUGCAAUGGAAAUGAUUAAAGAAGAUUCAGAGAUAAGCGAAAAUAUUGGAAUGACCCCCGAUACAAUGCUCAAUGAACUUGGUGCUGUGUUGAGUAAAUACGAAGUUCCAAUGGGUCUUAUGAACAAGCUCAUGAUGCUCAGUGAAUUCGAAGUUUUGAAAUUCAUGAUUGAUGACGCGGGUAGCAUGGCUCUAUGCGAUUCAAAUAUGAGAGGGAGCAUAAAAGCCCCGCUAUCUCGUUGGAAUGAAGCCCAAGGACGACUCAAGGAACUACUAGAAAUCUUGGCAUAUGUUCCCUUUCAUCAAAUUACAAUUGAGUUUCUGAAUCGAUCAACUACGAUCUCUUUGGAACGAAAUGGUCGGAAUCCCGCAGCCUUCUUGGCCGACGCAAUUGCUCAAGUUGAUGAGGAAUUUGCAAAACCGCCCGCAGGAACUUCUUUGUUUUUGGAAAGGCUUACUCAAUCGCUCACGGAAUCUCCCGGAAUCAAGAUUGCCCGGUGGUACUUUGGUGAUGGCAAACCACAAGGUGGUGAUACGGCACAAGAGCAAAUUGUCAACCUAGUAAUGAAUCGUGACAAUCCGGCCGGUAAUCCAAUAACCUUUGUGAGUUGUACCAAUGUGGAUGACGACGUCGAAUGGAUGAAGGAUUUAGAAGAGAUUGCUCCGUUUUGUAGUGAAUAUGAUGAUUACCAGACCGAAGCUGGAGAAGUGUUGAGAGAUCAAGGAAUGGCCAUGCCAUAUAGCAAAGGAUUUCAUUUGGUGGGAACCCUUGUAGCUGCAAUAAACCCAGAUGACCUGGAUGCCAUGGAUGAGAGUGUACCGUUUACCAAGACCACUUUGGAUAAUCUUCUGGGCAUUCAGCACACGGAAGAAAUGUAUCGUCACUAUUUCAGAUGUUUCCAAGUGGCACAGAGCAAGCGUCAAGUGAUAUCUGAUGCCGACAGGUUGAAGAAGUCAAUGAAAUGGGACUAUGAUGAAUUCUUCACGGCUUCAGGUCCUUCCAAUAUUCCUUCGGUCCAACGCUAUGAAACGGAGCUGAAGCAAAUAUCAGCACCCUCCAGAGCCGAUUCGUUCAUAUUGGAGAAAGAUUCAUCACUGCGAAAAUUAUUUGAUGGUUUAGCAGAUCUCCACGACCAGUUUGAAGAACUUCAAAAGGAAUCUUUCUAUGGGAUCCCCGAAGAUCAAGUUCGGCGUGAAAGUACCUUUCUAUCUGAUGAUGACGGGCUAGAUACAUUACGACGUGAAUUGGAGGGUAUUUGCCUACCGGAAUACCAAGAAUGGCAACAAGAAGAGCGUUCAGUGGAAUCGAUGCCAUCCAAACGGCCUCGCUCUUCCAUAUCUUUACCGAUUGUGUCCAAGAUGGCAGACCACGAGAAAAUCAACGACGUAAUUGCCGCCCGAGGAAAAACAAACGGCAUCCGUCUUGCGGAAUCCUCUGCUGCUGCCAUGGAAAUGAUUAAAGAAGAUUCAGAGAUAAGCGAAAAUAUUGGAAUGACCCCCGAUACAAUGCUCAAUGAACUUGGUGCUGUGUUGAGUAAAUACGAAGUUCCAAUGGGUCUUAUGAACAAGCUCAUGAUGCUCAGUGAAUUCGAAGUUUUGAAAUUCAUGAUUGAUGACGCGGGUAGCAUGGCUCUAUGCGAUUCAAAUAUGAGAGGGAGCAUAAAAGCCCCGCUAUCUCGUUGGAAUGAAGCCCAAGGACGACUCAAGGAACUACUAGAAAUCUUGGCAUAUGUUCCCUUUCAUCAAAUUACAAUUGAGUUUCUGAAUCGAUCAACUACGAUCUCUUUGGAACGAAAUGGUCGGAAUCCCGCAGCCUUCUUGGCCGACGCAAUUGCUCAAGUUGAUGAGGAAUUUGCAAAACCGCCCGCAGGAACUUCUUUGUUUUUGGAAAGGCUUACUCAAUCGCUCACGGAAUCUCCCGGAAUCAAGAUUGCCCGGUGGUACUUUGGUGAUGGCAAACCACAAGGUGGUGAUACGGCACAAGAGCAAAUUGUCAACCUAGUAAUGAAUCGUGACAAUCCGGCCGGUAAUCCAAUAACCUUUGUGAGUUGUACCAAUGUGGAUGACGACGUCGAAUGGAUGAAGGAUUUAGAAGAGAUUGCUCCGUUUUGUAGUGAAUAUGAUGAUUACCAGACCGAAGCUGGAGAAGUGUUGAGAGAUCAAGGAAUGGCCAUGCCAUAUAGCAAAGGAUUUCAUUUGGUGGGAACCCUUGUAGCUGCAAUAAACCCAGAUGACCUGGAUGCCAUGGAUGAGAGUGUACCGUUUACCAAGACCACUUUGGAUAAUCUUCUGGGCAUUCAGCACACGGAAGAAAUGUAUCGUCACUAUUUCAGAUGUUUCCAAGUGGCACAGAGCAAGCGUCAAGUGAUAUCUGAUGCCGACAGGUUGAAGAAGUCAAUGAAAUGGGACUAUGAUGAAUUCUUCACGGCUUCAGGUCCUUCCAAUAUUCCUUCGGUCCAACGCUAUGAAACGGAGCUUAAACGAAUAACAGGAUAUUGA